AUGUACGCAGCUGCACAAGACAGUGGAGGAUGUGAGGUUCUCGGCGGUGGAGCUGAAAAGCCUGCAGAGAGUGGUGCACGUGUGCCCUUCGUACAGCAACAAAAAGGCCCUGCUUGCUACCGCACAUCCGGAUGACGUGUUCUGCUUCCACGAGAUUAAUUUUCUUCCCAGUCGGCUGCCGAAGUCGUACAUUCCGGAUAAGCGCAAUGUGGUGGAGCGUAUCGUUAGCGUCGGCAUCCUCUACAACGCGACGGUGAGUUGUUCCGCAGUGCCUCUGGUGGUGCUAGAGCCAUCCAAUAGGCCCGAGCGCCGGCGGGCGAGCGCCGCAUCGCGCAAGGUGGCCGUUCGCCGUGAUUGCAACACCAUCAUCCUCACCAUUUACAAGGCGCAUCGCAUCACAGACGAGGUGGCGCCGCCCGUCACGGAGCACGGCUUCAGUGUGCAGCACCUCACGAACACCCGAGUCGUCAACAUUCGUGGAUCGGUUCCGGAGACGGGCCUGCCGCACCUGCAGGGAGUGGGUGACGCGCUGAAGGCGUAUUACCGCGUUAUGCUGAUGAGGCGUGCGAUAGGGUCCAAGCGGUUCCAGUUCGACUAUUCGGCUUCCAUCGCUGAUGUUGACUAUAACGACAUACUCGAGUUGCUGGGAGAAGCGUGGACUCGUGUGCGCGCGGCUACCAUGCAGCGGAGCUGGUGGCGCGCAGGAUGCGUGCCGGCGAGCUGGCCGCCCCUGAUGGUGUACCCGGGUGACACGUGCGCAACCGGCAUGUUCGAGCCUAUUAUUUCGGUAUGCGUCGAUUUGCAGUUGCUUAUCGAGAAGUUCAAGGUAAGGCAUGCGUGCUACAUGACGGCCGCGGAUUUUAUCAACUGCGACGUGGGACUAUGCGUGGAACAGGGGUUCAGAGCCACACCUGCUGCCAGCGCGUCCGAUGACUCAUCGGGCGACAUGAGUCUGCCAGACGGCCCAUUGCUGCAGGACGAGCGCAGCAGGAGGCGCGUGAUACACAACGUCACAAACGCGUACGUGGAGCGUGCCGAUGAGCUCGACAUCCCCCCGGCGGCUGUGCCAGCAGAGGUCGGAGCAUCGAACCAGGAGGUGAUUUCCCGCCUAUGCAGGACGCCUGUCAAGAGGGCUUGCGCAGGGGGGCGAGCUGAGAAUGGGACAGCCGAAGAAGUGCUGUAG